AUGUCUCCAAAUCCACGACCGGUGUUGUCAAGCAGCGAAAUUAUCAGAGGACGCCCUGCAAACAUUGCUACUCCUGGGACCUCCAAUCAGCAGGAGCUCCAAAGAGGUACUCGAACUGGUGCAGUUCAAGGAAAAUCAGCCUCACGAAGACGAUUGCGCCACAGUGCACCUCAGCGUCAAACAGCUUCUCAGGAUACAGCUUCAAGACAUCGAAUUGCGAAUACAGCGUCUCUGCCAAUCACCACUUCUCCUGCCGUGGCAACAGUCGGUACUGUUACAGCCCCUGGCACACCAGUCAGUCCUCUUCCACCACAAUUUUUAAGACCAGCUCAGUCGAACUCAGAAAUGAACGGACAACAAACACGUCCCUCGCAACCCUUGCGGAGCCAAACAACAAGUUUGGUACCUGCUACAUUGUCAGACACAACCCUCGGACCUGUCGAAGAUACCCAAGACACUCCAGGGAUGAAGGAAGCAUCAUCUGAACAUGACGAGAAGAAUUGUGUCGAGGAAGUACCUCUACACCAAUUAAUCAGAUCUGGAAGCAUGGUGAAGAUCUACGUCGGUGCCGAAAAGCACUGCUGGGUGCUACACGAAGAUGCUCUUUGUCACUACUCUGAAUACUUCAAGAAAGCUUUCCAAGGGCAUUUCGCCGAGGCCGAUCAAAAGUCAAUCGUUUUGGAGGAAGACGACUCGGUCACAUUCGGAUCCUUUGUGGAAUGGAUCUACACUGGCAGAAUCGACUGCAGUCUACACGCAGAGAAAUCGCACACGAAACAGCCAAAGGAACACUUCCUGCUCUACAUCCACCUGGAGAUCUCCGCAGAUAAAUACCUCUUGCCUGUGUUGUCAGAGUGUGCGCUCUUAGAAUGGGAGAAUUGCCACUCUAGAGACACCCAUAUCAAGCUCCUUGUUGAAGAAAUCAAGCUCAUCUUCGAGAAAUGCCCAGAGAAGUCAAAGUUCCGGCUUCCGGCUGUAAUGCUAGUGCUGAGAUAUUACAUGUCCGGAAGGAACCAAGACUACAACUACAUGGGCCAAGUCUUGUCCUGCGAUCCUUCCUUUGCAGAGACUUUCGCCAAAGAGCUGAAGAACCACCAGGAUCUUGAGGCUACGUCGAGCUGUUGGAUUGAUGGUUGCUCUUUGCACCCUGUGGUUGUUGCGUCGAACCAAACAUCCGCACAUAAGCGCCAACGGGUCAACUGA